AUGGCUGUGACAGAGACCAACAACAACAGCGGGACUCUCUGCUGCUUUCACACCGCGCAGAGCAGCCCGAGCCCCCGCAGACAGCACCAGGACAGCCCGGGGAUGGAUCUCCUGCCCCUACAGCACACCAUCCUCCCAGUCUCCUGCCCCUACAGCAUCAUCUCCCAGUCCUCCCUACAGCACCAUCCUCCCGUCCUGCCCUCCCAUCCUCCCAGUCUCCUGCCCUACAGCACCAUCCUCCAGUCUCCUGCCCUAACAGCACACCAUCCUCCCAGUCUCCUGCCCCUACAGCACCAUCCUCGCAGUCUCCUGCCCUACAGCACCAUCCUCCCAGUCUCCUGCCCCUACAGCACCCUCCAGUCCUGCCCCUACAGCACUCACCCUCCCAGUCCUGCCCUACAGCACCAUCCUCCCAGUCUCCUGCCCCUACAGCACCAUCCUCCCAGUCUCCUGCCCCUACAGCACCAUCCUCCCAGUCUCCUGCCCCUACAGCACAAUCCUCGCCCCUACAGCACAAUCCUCCCAGUCUCCUGCCCCUACAGCAAAAUUGACAUUUAUCAAAUGUCAUACAUGUGA